AUGCCUUCUGGCAGCCUUGUCCCCUGUCUCAUGCAGCUAGCUCGUUUGGUCUCAGAAGACCCCGUGCCCAACGUCCGUUUCUGCGCAGCCAAGGCGCUUAAUUUUAUCAGUCGCAAUGUGGACAACAAUUACAAGAUUAAGGUUGGAAAUUUGAAGUCAAUGCUUCUUAGAAGUAUGAGGUUAGCUGAUAGCAAACAUUUGACUAAUGAGUUGGAACAGCUGACAAAUAUAUUCCUGGAAAAUAAUUAUCCAUUGGGCCUUAUUGAGAAUAAUAUCUCUUUAUUGAGGAAUAUAUUUUCAGACGGAUACCAUUUAGUCACGGAUAGACAAACUGAGACGGCCAUUCAAAAGAAGGCGACUCAACCUGUCUACUUGGUGAUGGUUCUAACUUCACUCACACUCGUCCAACAUGUUAGAUUAAACUCAUCAACCGAACCAGAUGUGCCAGAUUACGCAGCCCCAGUCAUGCCUUUCCUUGGGGGAAUGGAACCCAGCUCAGAUGAUGUCCACCAUAUGAUGGACAAAAGCUCAGCCCGUUUUCACCCGAAACGAGGGAGGUCCCGUGGACUGCAUCAACCUGAAGGUCGUAUAAAAGCCAAACGGCUGCAGUACAACGGAAUUCAUCCGUCCUCAUCUGGUGAGACCGACGAACGAAUCUCUUCUUAA